AUGUCUUCACGUCUGAACGAGUUCUUGACCAAUGAAGACAUACGCGAAGAGAUCGUUGCCAUGUUGUCCGACGAUUUGAAAGCAUACAGUUCGAUGCGUGUGUUGGACAGAUUCCUGACCGCAUGCUACUACGGCAUCUACAGCACACUACAGGCAUCUGCCACGAAAUUCAACGCCCAGUCAUUCCUGAAAUCUCGUGGCGAGUUUCAAGCCUCACCGAUUGAUUCCAUUAACGCAAGUGCCGCCGGUCAAAAAUGGAAAGAAUUCAUGCUGAAGACAUUCUUCCAAUCGAAAGCAGAACCUAAGGCCGAUGAUGUCAUCGCAGCGAUUCAACACCCCUUCAUUGUCGCAGAGUUUUGUAAAGAUGAGACGCGCCUGAGAAGGGCACGGGAGUCCAUGACCCCAGAGAUUAAAACUGGUAUGGUGCUAGACUUGAAAGUUGAUGGACACGGAACUGAUCGAAAACUAUAG